AUCUCGACAUUUCUAUAGAGUGGAUCAUCCAUCACCCUCUCUUCCUUCUUUCCCUCUUUUCUCAUAAGUCAUCGGCCAACCAGGAUUUUGAUCCGAGCCGGGUUUUACAACUACAAUCACCAUAUGAUUGAUUGAUUUGUUUGGACUACUCCGAAAAGAUGGGGGGGGCUUUGCAUAUUGUUCCCCGUCUAUGUAUUCUAGGGUCUUGACGAGGAUUUGUUCGAGAUACCAAGUCAAGAUACCAAGUCUCGAGCAAGUAUGAAUAAAAAAGAAAGGGCUGACAACAUUGCAUGAGAGAUUCUUGGAAAUGUGGUAUAAGAAUUGCCAAUAUCUCUUGUUUGCGCGGGAGGGGAUAGUUCUAGAUAUGCCUAGGAAAGUCAUCGGUGCUUAUUUCAUUUUUUAUCUUGGAGGUGAUGCGGGGCAAUGAGCCAUAGGCAAUUGCCAAUAGGGAAUGGGCAAUGGGCACUGAUAAUUGACAUCGUAUCGCAUAUCGUGCCGCAUUGCACCGUGCGGUAUAUGAACUCCAUAUGAAUCUGGACUGCUCCUCUACAAUGAAGCUAGCUGGCUCGCUGGUUGCUGGCUGCUGGAUAUGUUCGAAACCCCAUGUUACCAAUAGAAAGCAUUGUUAUACAAACGAGACCCUGAUGUUGAAUAUGAUUCUGAUGACUCGCAGGUGUCAACAACUACGGAGAGUUAGAAUCAUUUCAAUUGAAAGAUACAGUACUAAGAAAACUAUCUGUACAACAUCUCCACCCAUCUCAACUCAGAACAAGGAACAAAUGGAAGGAUCAGUAUGCAAGUCAGAUAUCUAAAUUUCACUCUUCCCUUCAUCCAAUCCCCCUUCAUCCCAUUUCAAGGUUAUGUGGAUACCUUGAACUAUCAGGUAUGUCUUUUCGCUGCACACUAAAUUAGUGUCUUCUGGGGAUGCUUGUAGUUCGAUAAGCCUUUAUCAAAGUAGAAAACUCCCCUCUAGCCUCGAGUUAUAAGGAACCAUCUUCUUAGUUUUUCGCACAUUGAGAUGGAGGAUUAGAAAAAGUAAUCCGUUUUCCCUUUCCUAUAUCGCAUAAGAAUUCCAUUCAUCUCUUAUACAUCUCACAACCCAAGAACUCACUCAACAGUCCAUCUACAAGAGAUAACACCUCGCCGGCGUACUCAUCAAUCUGAUUACUACAAUCAAGAUUAAUCAAUACCGCCAUUAAUGUGGUUUGCGCAGACUACAACCCUUCACCCAAUUCACUAUUCACCAAUAGUUCAUUUCCCAUCGAGAAAAUGGCGAUAAAUCAAGAAUCCCCAGUCAUGUCUUCAGAAAACAAUUCAAACAACGAUGUCAACGAUAAAUCUAGAGAAGAAUAUAUUAGCGAAGAUCAAACUCCUACCAUGGAAUACAAAAAAGUCAGUUGGCGCAGUACUUGGGGAUUUGGUCCCGUAACCAUUGGUCCAAGAAUUGGUCCAGUCUUGCCACAUCUUCGUCUAGAUGCCGAUGCAUCAAGUCUCAGCGGGGACAGUGGAAAGGAUCUUUUGAGCCAGCAGAUUGAAGCCGAAGCAGGUUCUGCUAUCAAAUAUCGUAGUUGCAGUUGGCAAAAGACUGCGGCUCUUCUUUUUUCAGAAUAUAUCUGUUUGGCAAUUAUGUCCUUCCCAUGGUCUUACUCAGUUUUAGGACUUGUACCAGGUCUUAUUUUGACUGCGGUUGUCGCAUUCUUGGUCCUCUACACGUCCCUAGUUUUAUGGGAAUUCUGUAUGCGUCAUCCUGAACUUAGAGAUGUUUGUGAUGUUGGACAAAUGCUUUUUGGUGGAAGAUGGGCAUGGCAUGCUACUGCUAUCAUGUUUCUUUUGAAUAAUACCUUUAUUCAGGGUCUCCAUGUCUUGACUACUGCAAAAUACUUGAAUACUAUCACCAAUCACAGUCAAUGCACAGUAGUAUUCGCCGUUAUUGCAGCUGUAAUCUGUUGGGUUUGUUCCGUUCCAAGAACCUUCAGCGCUUUAUCUUGGUUAGCCACAUUAUCCGCAAUCUUCACCUUCAUCUCCGUCAUGCUCGCUACAAUUUUUGCCGGAAUCGAACCUCAUCCUCUUGGCUACAAUCCCGAUCCUAACUCCAUCAUCGCAGCCACUGGUCUUGCUGGAGGUGCCCCUACCGUUACUGCAGUAAUCCUUAAGGGUACAACAUUUGUAAAUGGUUUCAAUGCCUUCCUCAACAUCUCCUACACAUUCAUUGGUCAAAUUACUAUCCCUUCUUUCAUGGCCGAGAUGAAAAACCCUGCCGAUUUUCCCAAAGCUCUUUGGGCUGUUACCAUUGCCGAAGUUAUUGUUUUCAGUUUGGUCGGUUCAAUCAUUUACGCUUUUACUGGAAACCAAUACAUGACAGCCCCAGCCUUUGGAUCUCUAGGAAAGAAAUUAUACGUCGAUAUUUCCUUUUCUUUCAUGAUUCCAACGCUCAUUUUCCUCGGGGUUCUCUAUGCUUCCGUCUCUGGCCGCUUCAUUAUCAACCGCGUCUUCCAUAACAACAAGAGGCAUCUCCAUGAAAAUACCAUGAAAGGUUGGGUAGUCUGGAUUGCCAUCUUGGCUGCAACUUGGGUUGGUGCCUUCAUUAUUGCCGAAGUUAUUCCCUUCUUCUCCGAUCUUUUAUCUUUGAUGUCUUCCCUCUUCGAUUCCUUUUUUGGAUUUAUUUUCUGGGGUGUAGCAUAUAUUAGAAUGAGACGUGUAGAUCAUGGGGAAGGAUGGAUCAGCAAGACGAGUAAGGUUGGAUUGAGUUUCAACAUAUUGAUUAUAUUGAUUGGGUUGCUGUUUUUAACUGCAGGAACUUAUACGAGUGUUCAGAGUAUUGUGGAUGGGUAUAAUGCUGGAUCAUUUGGGGGUGCGUUUACUUGUGCUAGUAAUGGUAUUUAAGUAAUAGAUGGGAGGAUGCAAAUUAGAUAUGGAACGAAGAUGGUCUGUUUUUGUUCGAAAGGUAUUGUUAGUUUUGAAAGUGAUUGGAUAGAUUUGGUGUGGUGUAGUAAUCCUGGGGACACGAUGUAGGUGGAUCUUAUGGAUGUGGAAGGUAUAAUAUACGCAUCCGUGCGCUUUGAGGAAAACUGCCGGCGGAGUUUAGGAGUCUUAGAAACCAAUGGAAACAUACUGGUUCUGGUUCUGUGCUUCGGUAUAUAGCAGGACCGAGGACUUCCUUUAAAGGGGAAAUAUAGUAAUAAAAGUAUGGUAUUUUAAUGAUUAGUAU